CACCAGUUCCAAGUGUCGUCACAAUAUUGGAAGAAAUACAUUUCUGGAUAUUUGAUUAAGGAUGGAGAGUUUUGCGAGCUUUGUCACGAUUCUAGUGUCGAUACUAGCGAUAGGUAAACCUGUUGAGUCAUUGUCAUGUGAAAGUAGUGCAGACUGCGGAGAAGGAAAUAUUUGUACGACAUCUCCAGUUACUGGUUUGGAUACCUGUUACCCAGCCUCCUGUCCCGAAGGAUGGAUUAUGUGGAAUGACGAAACCUGUCUGUUUUUCAGUACAGAACAAACUAGCUGGGAUAAUGCAAAGAUUGCGUGUGAAGGUCAAGAUGCAGCUCUAGCAGAAAUAUACGACGCAGAAAUGGAUGCAUUCGUUUUGGCUGAAGCGGAAAAAAGAUCUGAUCGGUACUUUUGGCUUGGAGCAAAUGACAAAGAAAGUGAAGGUAACUUUGCAUGGAUUUCUGGUGCACCUUGGGGAUAUGAAAAUUGGAAAGAUGCUAAUCCAGAUGAUUGGAACGGUGAAGAUUGUUUACACACAUACUGGAGGUCAGGCGGUGCAGGAUGGAAUGACUGGGGUUGUGGUAAUACAGGCGCAUAUCUCUGUCAAAUAGACCCAAUAGUCAAUUAUGAUGAAUGUGAGGCAAGUCCAUGCAAGAACGGUGGUGAAUGUGUCGAUGGGGAUAACAGUUACACAUGCACAUGUCC